AUGAUGCCCCCGGCCUUAGGCCACCGAGCGCUCUCUUUCCACAUCUACCCCCGACAAUCAGUUUCAGUUUUCGUCUCUCCGCUUCAACUACUUCAAGAAGGAAGAACAACUGUUCCACCAAAAAUGGGUACCACCGACUCGAGCUCCUCGGGGAGCAUCGUGAUGCUCAUCGUCAUUCUUCUCGGCAUCGCCAUCCCCAUCAUCGUGUUCUGGGUGUUGAUUGUGUGGUGCUCUCGUCGUAAGAGAAAGCGAAUGGCCGCGUUCAACAAGGCGGCUGCCAACGCCGAUCCGGUGGCUGAUGACGUGGAAGCUCCGCCUGCUGCUGAUGGAGCACCGGCGGCUCGUUCUCCGAAUGCGGAGGGUGGAGCAGCACCGACGUCGAAGAAGUCGGAGGUCAAAUCCGUGGAAAAGUCUGGAAAAUCGGCGAAAUCAAAGGAGCAGACUCAAACUGGAGGCGAUGAGAAGACCACGUGA